AUGGCUCAACCUUUUCCACCAGCCCAGUACCCACCUCCACCACAAAAUGGGAUCCCCACUGAGUACACCACACCUCACACCCACCCCCCGCCCGACUACACGGGACCAAGCACAGUGGGCGAGCACACCUUGACGCUGUAUACACCGACACACACACAGAGUGAGCAGUCAGGAAAUGACAGCAGCACCCCAUCCCUCACAGCCAACACAGUAACGCAGGCAGAGGAGGUUGCACAGACGGAGGGCUCCCAACAGCUCCACAUGCAGCCCAGCGAUUCAUCGGAGAAGCAACAGCCCAAGAGGUUACAUGUCUCUAACAUCCCUUUCCGUUUCCGGGACCCUGACCUCCGGCAAAUGUUCGGGCAAUUUGGCAAGAUUUUAGACGUGGAGAUUAUUUUUAAUGAGCGAGGCUCCAAGGGCUUUGGGUUUGUAACAUUUGAAACAAGUGCAGAUGCUGACCGUGCACGGGAGAAACUAAAUGGUACAAUCGUAGAGGGACGCAAAAUAGAGGUCAACAAUGCCACAGCCAGAGUAAUGACCAACAAAAAGGUGGCAAAUCCGUACACAAACAGCUGGAAGCUGAAUCCAGUGGUUGGAGCAGUAUAUGGUCCUGAAUUUUAUGCAGUCACAGGCUUUCCAUACGCCAGUACUGGAGCAGCGGUUGCCUAUAGAGGGGCCCAUUUGAGAGGGAGGGGCCGUGCUGUCUACAACACGUUCCGUGCUGCACCUCCUCCUCCACCUAUCCCUGCCUAUGGAGCUGUGGUCUACCAGGAUGGCUUUUAUGGGGCAGAAAUAUAUGGAGGCUAUGCAGCCUACAGAUAUGCCCAGCCAGCUGGUACUGCUGCAGCAACUUACAGUGACAGUUAUGGCAGAGUCUAUGCAACAGCAGACCCCUAUCACCAUACGAUUGGUCCUGCCGCCACAUACAGUGUGGGCACUAUGGCUAGCCUUUACAGAGGAGGGUGCAGUCGCUUCACUCCCUACUAG